UUCACACUGCAGCUUACACUAUGGACUUUCAGAUAAAUCAAUGGUGUUUAUUUAGUAUAAUCAGUUUCUACACUCACUUUGGACAAAAUGAAGGCAUCACUCGAAAUUUCUUCAUCGGGAUCAGAGAAGAGAAUUGGGAUUACGCACCACUCGGUUAUAACCACAUCACUGGGAAACCAGUUACUCAAGAUGAACACGCAUCAUUUUUCCUACUUCAAGGGCCCCAUCGAAUUGGCCAUGUUUAUAAGAAAGCCAUAUUCAGGCAGUACACUGAUGCAACAUACACACAGGAGAUCCCCAAACCUGCUUGGUUGGGAUACCUGGGGCCUAUCAUUCGGGCUGAAGUUGAUGAUGUUGUAAUGGUCCACCUGAAGAACUUUGCCAUCAGAAGAUAUUCAAUUCACCCACAUGGAAUCCACUAUAAUAAAGACUCAGAGGGGGCCUUAUAUCCAGACGAUACCUCUGGAGCAAAUAAGCAGGAUGAUGGUGUUCCUCCUGGUGGAAAUUACACCUAUAGAUGGACAGUAAAGCCAGAGUUUGCCCCUACUGAUGGUGAUGCCAACUGUCUGACUUGGGCCUACCAUUCUCAUGUGAUUGCUUUUAAAGACAUCUCUUCUGGGCUCAUAGGAGCUCUUCUGACAUGCAAGAAAGGAAUCCUGCAGCCUGUUUCCCAAGAGUAUAAUUCCCAGGCAUCAUCAGAUCUUAAUUACUCUCAGGUACGAAGGACGGAUGUUGAUAAAGACUUCCUUUUAUUAUUCAGCGUAGUGAAUGAAAACCUGAGCUGGUACCUAGAUGAAAACAUCCAAAACUUCUGUUUGGAGCCAGCUGGUGUCGACCAAGCUGAUCCAGACUUUCAACGCUCCAACCAGAUGAAUGCUAUUAAUGGAUAUGUGUUUGGGAACCUUCCUGGGAUUGAGUUGUGCCAGAACAAAAAGGUGUCAUGGCAUUUUGUGGGCAUGGGCAAUGAGGUGGAUGUCCAUUCGGCAUAUUUUCAUGGGCAGACGUUGCUGAUUCAGGGACAUCGCGUCGACAGUGUCAGCCUGUUUCCUGCUUCUUUCAUGACUGCAGUGAUGGAGCCCUUAACAAUAGGAAAAUGGCUCCUGAGCUGUCAGGUUAACAGCCAUAUAAAAGAUGGUAUGCAGGCAUUCUUCAGUGUUUCACAGUGUGCUGGGGUGACAAACUCGUCCACUACUUUGAAUGGGAUAGUGAGGAAGUACUUCAUUGCUGCUGAGCUGGUUCAGUGGAACUAUGCCCCAUCAGGGAUAGACAGUUUGACUAAUGUUUCACUGAAUGAAAGUGGGAGCCAUUCAGAGAUAUUUUUCGGAAAGGGCAACGGUCGUCUCGGUGGAGAAUAUACAAAGGUGGUAUAUAGAGCAUACACUGAUGAAACAUUUGCAAAUACCACCAGCAUGGAUGCACACCUGGGCAUAUUAGGUCCUGUAUUAAAAGCUGAGGUUGGGGAUACUUUAGAGGUCACAUUUCUGAACAAGGCUGAUAGAAAUUACAGCAUCGAGCCCCAUGGCCUUCAAUACACAAAGGAAUCUGAGGGAGCUCAAUAUGAAGAUGGCACAGAGAAAAAUGGAUCUCACGUGCAGCCAGGGGAUUCCUUCAACUACACAUGGCAUGUGAUAGAGGGGCCAUCUGACAGUGACCCAGACUGCAUCUCAUACCUGUACUUCUCCUCCAGUGACGCUAUCAGAGACACCAGCUCUGGCCUCUUUGGACCUCUGCUUGUGUGUAAGAGAGGUGCCCUGAACUCCAAUAACACCCAGAAAAAUGUGGACAAAGAGUUCUUCCUUGUCUUUUCUGUGAUGGAUGAAAAUCUGAGCUGGUAUCUGGAAAAGAACAUUGAGAUAUAUGGGACAAAUGAAUCAGACCCAAAGAAUGAAGGAUUUCAGGAGAGCAACAAGAUGCACGCGGUGAAUGGUUACAUGUAUGGAAACCUACCAGGACUGGAGAUGUGCAAGGGCGAACAGGUCAGAUGGCAUAUCCUAGGACUUGGCACAGAUGUGGAUAUACAUGGAGUUUACUUCCAGGGCAACACAUUUCGCAGAAACGGCGUCACCCGUGACACACUCGCUGUGUUUCCACACACUUCUGUCAGGAUUUCCAUGCAACCAGAUACAUCCGGGCUUUUUGAGGUGAGUUGCAGAGUGACUGACCAUUACAUGGCAGGGAUGAAGCAGCAGUACAGAGUGAAGGAUUGUGCACAGAGCUUGUCCGUUUCUCCCUCCGCUCCCACAGCGCACUAUUACAUCUCUGCAGAAGAGCUAGAGUGGGACUACUCACCAAGUCGCACCUGGGAGCUACAGCUCUUCAACACUACAGAAGCAGAUAGUCCAGGCAGUGUGUUUGUGGGGUCCGGUAACAACAGGCUCGGCUCCAAAUAUAAAAAAGUGGUUUAUAGGGAGUACACAAAUGCCACCUUCAUCACCAAGAAGCAGCGUCAGGCUACAGAGAAACAUCUGGAAAUACUCGGUCCGAUCAUCAGGGCAGAGGUUGGUGAAGUUCUUCAUAUUACAUUUUUUAAUAAGGCAAGUCGUCCAUACUCUAUCCAGCCUCAUGGAGUGAAAAGUUUACCUCAGAAUCCAGCAGCUGUGUUGCCUGGAAAAAUGAGUACGUACCAGUGGAUUGUUCCGGAGGGUUCCGGCCCAGGCGUCUCCGAUCCGAACUGCAUCACGUUUGCUUACUACUCUACUGUGGAUUUUAUUAAGGACACAGUCAGUGGGCUCAUCGGACCACUAGUGAUCUGCAGGAAAGGAACGCUAAACCAAAAAAGACAAAGACUGGAUGUGGAUAAAGAGUUUGCUCUUCUUUUCUUUAUAUUUGAUGAGAACAAUUCAUGGUAUCUGGAACAAAACAUUCAAACAUACUACAAUGGUUCAGAACCUCUGAUCAGAAAUGAAGAUUUUAUCGAGAGUAAUAAAAUGCAUGCAAUUAAUGGCAAGGUGUAUGGAAACCUUCAGGGAGUGGAAAUGCGACAAAGAGAGAUAGUAAACUGGUAUCUCCUUGGGAUGGGUAAUGAAGUGGAUCUACACACAGUGCAUCUACAUGGCCAGACCUUUAUUUACAAAACAGACCUGCCCCACCGGGCCGAUGUGUUCGACUUGUUUCCAGGCACAUUUCAGACACUCGAGAUAGUGGCAGAUACUGCAGGAAAAUGGCUGCUACACUGCCACUUGGAUGAUCACAUUCGUGCAGGCAUGGAGACCACCUUCAUUAUCAACAGAUCAGGUCCCAGUGCUGUGACUCAUCUGGCUGUAGUCUUCAUCUUGGCCUUUAUUUCCACCCUUGGUCUAAUGUGAUGGUAGCUGAAGUAUAGUUUAUGGAUAUAUUAUACAUACUUUAUAGGUUUAAUUUAAAUAACAAUGAAAUUUUAUGUUUGUCAUAAAUGGGAUAUUAUGAACCAAAUUAUUAGUUAAACCUUCAACCUUGAACAAAACCAUUUACACAAGCUUAGAAAUCUUUUCUACAGUAAUCAAAAUGAAACUUUUUUUCCCUUUGGCUAGUUUAGGCUCACAUGUUCCUCACAAAUUGCAGAUCUAAACUCUAUUGUGCUACUGUAAGCACAUUAAGUGCAAAAGCACAUUUUACUCUACAUUGUCAUAAAUACACUGAAUUAUGUCACUCAGCACAAUGCAUGCCAAAUAAAAUAUAAAAGUCAUGAAAUAAGUCCUAGAUUCAUUAUUAAAACAUAUUUCUCAAAGAAUGCAUAAAUAAAAAGUGAGCUCUUUGGUACACUUCGUGUCAUGAAGAGUGGCUGAAGAGAGAGGGAUAAUAUAGAGCAAACGAGGUUAUGACUGGGAAAAAGGACAAGGAACCAGCAAAAAAAAAUACCUGCAACUAUGUAAAAGAAAAGCCAGACCGCCCAAACUUGUGAACCUCAGUUGCUUUUAACUAAAGCAGUUGAGGGUUAAGGGACUUACUUGAAGGGCCCAGCGGUGGCAGCUUGGUUUGGGGGGUGCUGCUAUUUGAACUCAUGACCUUUGAGUCCAAAGGUAAAUGCUUUAUACAGUAAGCUACCACAUCCUCCUGUUCAGAUUACUUUUCUGUAUCAU